UUGAAGAUCUGUGCUGAUUAUUUACAAUUUCACUUCAUUUUUUAGAAUCGUAAUUGUUAUUGGAAUUGCAAUUAAGUUUAUUGUGUUUUCAAUUGGCUAGCUCGUAUGAUUUGAUUUUGAUUCACCCUAGCUGAAAGUGCAGGUCCCGUGGGGCGGGGGCGGGGGCGUAACAAGUGUCGGGGGCACAUGUGCGGUGUGCCCAGUGCGCCCGACACCGGCUCCGCUUCUCCAUUCAUUCAGUAUUCCUUCAUUCAGCAUAAGCGUUGGUUCACUUCGGAACGGACCGCGCUACUGCGUAGGCGGGAAUACGUGACUGGAUCGUUUCGCGCGCAUUUUCAAAAGUUUUUUUUUUAAAGUGGCAAAGUCCGUGACAGUUUCGUGUGAAAAAUAUGUAUGACAUUUAGUUUUUUUUUUUACCUUUAAAAUGGGUGAACAAACUUUUAAUAUUACAGACGAUAAUAUCGAACAGCAUAUUAUUACGUUGUUUGAAAAAUUGGAGUGUAUGCGUAAAGAUGCGAAUUCGGAUGGGAUGUCGGGUAAGGUGCCGGCGCGGCUGGAAGUGAGGACUUUAUCAUUGUGGAAGGCAGUGUUGGCGGAGUGCGCGGCGUCCUUCCUCUACGUAUUCAUAGUGUGUGGGGCGGCGGGCGGCGCCGGCGUCGGCGCCUCCGCCUCAGCAGUGUUGCUCGCCACCGCGCUCGCUUCCGGCUGUGCCAUAGCCACCAUCACUUUAUGCUUUGCUCAUAUAUCUGGUGCCCACGUAAAUCCCGCAGUAUCUGCAGCGCUAUGCGUACGUCGGCGGGUAUCACCGCUGCGCGCAGCACUGUACGUGGCCGCGCAGUGCGGGGGCGCUAUCGCCGGGGCCGCUGCGAUUUAUGGUGUAAGUGUGCCGGGAUACGCAGGCAGCCUCGCAGCGUCUCUACCAGGCGGUGGAGCUGCGGCGUGGGAGCGGCUAGGUGCUGAACUGUUACUAUCAGGGCUGGUGGCCGCUGCGCACUUCGCUGGGAUGGAGCGUCGCUGGACCGGCGCUACGCCAGCACUCCUCGGAGCCGCAUACUGUGCUGCUAGCUUUGUAUCCAUGCCAUCAUUAAACCCGGCACGUUCGCUUGGCCCGUCCUUCGUCUUAUCUCGAUGGGAGAGCCACUGGGUAUGCUGGGUGGGCGGAUUAGGCGGCGGGGUAGCAUGUGCGUUACUUCACGAGUGGGGCACGCGACGGCCACGCGCCAACACCAACUCGCGGGCCUCCUCACCGAGGGACAUGGACGAGUUGGAUAAACCAGCAUUCCCGACGCACCACUACCGACACGCGCCCUCCUACUGCUCGGCGACAGCACCGCGACCAGAUAACACGGAGCCCCUGUACUCGGGCAGCAAGUCUCUGUACUGCCGCUCGCCGCCGCCCGCGCGCCACGCGCUGCACAGGUCAGCCGACGGAUCGACAUGUCUCACGUCGCAGUCGGUGUACAGCAAGGGCAGCAGCACAGCCGGAGCCGCUGCUGGAGCGCUGGGCGCGGCGCAGUCGCUGCUGCUGCGACCAGCCGCGCACGCCCUCGCGCUCAACCAGAACGCACACAAUGCACAACGAGAUCCCGCCUAUGGGACCGCACCUAAUGGUAUCCGCCCCGGACCAGCAGGUGCAUCAGGACAAGAACGUCGUGAAUCGGUGUACAGUUCGGGAGCUCGGCGCGGGCCUCUGUCGUCGGAGGACAGCGCGUACGGCAGCUACGCGGCGCACGGCACACUCACACACGGCACACACGCGCACGCCAACCACGCGAGCCACGCGGCGCACGCGCAUGCGCACGGACACGCGACUCAGGCGCGCCCGUUCCGCGGCCCGCAUCCACCUGAACAUUACUAGCGACGCGCCUCGCAGCACAAUAUUGCGCUGCUGUUUGACGUUUAAGCGAUUUCUGAAUCGCGUGUGUUUGUGAUGUGAUAAAUGUGAAUAUCUACUGAAAACACUACCAGUGAGUGAUAUUUUUAGUAGAAAAAUGACUACUAUCUCGAACAUCUUCGAAACGUAUGAACAUUGUUGUAACCGAAAUAUUACGUAAGAUGAUCUCCACUAGUUAAAAAUGACAUCAAUUUACUAAACUAUAUGUAUGCCAAAGUGCUAGAAUAAUGAAUAUCUGUAUUUAAACUGUAAAAUAAAUGUUAAUAGCCUUAAUUAAACAUUAAUAUCUCCCAAUUUCCUACGAAUGUAACGGAUCUUUUUGUACAUUGUGAUGUAUUAAUUAAAAAUACUUUGAAUAAAUUGUUGCUUCCUACAUAUACUGUAUUAUUAACAACUUAUUGAUAUUGUAAUAAUUAAAAUUUAUAAGGUAUAGAAUUGUUAAAAUAUCUUCCAGAAAACUAAACAAGUAUACUUAGGGCCGCCGUACACGGAUUGUUUCGAUCACUGCAGUAGGCGUCCAGCCGACUGAUUUUUUAACGACGAUCGUAAAUAGCGAUCUAUGUAUGAAAUUGUAACAGUGCGUGUAUGUUGGUCUUUAUAAGUUUUAUUAUAAUUCUUAUAAUGCUGUUUGAUUGUAAAUGGUAGAUUUUAUAAAUAGAAUUUCUAUAAAAUUUUAUAUAUUAUUGUAAAUAUUUUAAUGUUCGUAAUGAUGGCUUCAAUUUAUUUUAUGAUCAGUUUAUAUUAUUCCAGUCCAGUUCUGGAUUGUAAACACCAAAGGGGUUCCAAUAAUAUAAACUGGUCGUAAGGUAAACUUAAUUCACUUAAAAAAGAAUACCUAGUUAGUUUCCACUCCGAUAGACGUAUACGAAAAUAUGUAUACUAUUAGUGUCAGUGAAAACUAACUAUAUACACCUUGACUAACUUAUUGUGCCAUAUAUUUUAAAAUUUGUAAAAUACUAGGUUAUGAUUAAAAGACUAAAUUUGAUAUUUAA